CAAUAUUUUUUCAUGCUGUUCCAUAUUAACGACAAACAAAUUCCAUGUUGCGCAAUAUUUUAAUAUUAUUUUGGAAUAUGUCAAAAUAAUAUUAGAAUAUGUAAGUUACGUUUUAAAAGGCAUAAUAAUUAAUGCAAUGAAUGACUGAAUUGUAUUAAAAUAAGUACAUUUUUUAUCUCAUCAUGCAUGAUAUUUAAAUUCCACGUUUCAAAAUAUAAAAACUAAUUUUUAUAAUUUUAUUUAAAUUUUUUAAAAUUAUAUUGUUUUCAUACAUAGUUUUAGUUUUAUAGUUUAUAUCUAGUUUAUAGUUUUCAUACAAUGGUCGGAACUAUUAGAAUUAACUUUUAUACUGGUAACGAACCACUAGAUUUCUUCGGAAAUAGCUCUUAUAUAGCAGAGGACUUAGUUAUUGAAUCAUGCAAAUAUCUUCAUAUUGGACCAGUUGCCCGGCAUUUAUUUGGUUUAUGGAGUUUUUCCCAGUCGUUAUGGUUCCCUCCCAGUAAAGAAUUAAAGGUACCAGAUGAAGAUAUAUUAAACUUUUAUCUUCGACUACGCUUUAGAACACCAAACAUUACAUCUUUAAAAGAAAAAACAGAUUCCAGCACAUUAAAUUAUUAUUUCCGCCAGGCUCAUAUUGACUUUUUAGAAGGAAGAAUUCCUGAGCUAUAUCAUGGGAAUUUACGAGAAAGUGCUCUAGGAUUAGUUGCAACUGAUAUCAUAUGUGAAAUGAUUGAGGAAAAUGUAACUGUAGAAGAAAUGAGAUCAUAUAAAAAAAUUUUUAUUCCACAAAUAUUGAGAAAAAAUCCACUUUCGGAUGGAUUCCUUCAUGAGCCAUUACGAAAAGCUGUAGCUCGUGGUCUUGCAAAUGCCAAAAAUAAUUCUGAAUUUGUUAAAGAAAAUUACUUACAAGGAUUAACUGAAUUAGUGCCUGAUUAUGGUACUGAAACAUACACUGUUUUGAUUGAAAAAACUGAAAAUGGGAAGUUGUUUGAAGUGGAAUUGGUUGUCAAUCCAUACCAUCCAGAUUAUCCUGGUCUUCGUAUGAGAUUAAAGAGAAGCAAAGGUGAUUGGACUCACAUUUGUGAUAUUGAAAAUUUAUGUUAUAUCAGCAUGCGUAGUGAUGAAACAGUUGAAAUCAGUCGUCAGAAUGGUGUACCACAGUAUAUUCAAUUCAAUGAUACAGCUCAGCGGCACUCAUUUGUAUCAUUCCUGGAUGGGUACUAUCGUCUCAGUGAAAAAUGGACCUUUAAUUUAUGUAAAGAUUUACCUACACCAUCUUUAUUAAAAUUAAGAGCAAUGAAAUGUCAUGGCCCAGUUAGUGUAUCAUUUGCUCACAGAAAACUUGAAGAAAAAUCCAACAAUGAUGUGGGCUGUUACAUAAUACGAGAAUGUGAAUUUAUGUAUGAUGUGUAUUAUGUAGAUAUUUGGAUUAGUACAAAAUCUGAAGGAUCGGAGAAUAUUAGUACAUUUAAAAUUAUUAAAGACGAUGAAGGAAUGUUUGUUCUAGAAGGCUGGAGUGAAAGUUUUAAAUCCAUACCCCAGCUGCUAUCUUAUCAUGCUAAUGAAAAUAUGUUGAACUUUCAACGUUGUAUUCCACCAUCGGAAUAUGAUGAAUCAAACUUAUUACUUUGCCGUAGGCAAAAGCAAGGUUUCAGCUCACUUAAAACAAGAGGAGACUGCAGCUGUACUGCUCAGUGUAUACCUCAUGAUGCAAUUAUGUUUUGUCAAGAUGUGUCAACAAUGCCUGGUAGACUGACUAUAGUUGCUCAGGCACGUCUCAGACGUUCUUGUACAGAUUCUAGAGCUGUUGCAGUUAAAAUGCUGCGAAAGGAGACAAAAGUGACUCAUUUAAAAGAGUUCUUAGCCCAGUGUGAUAAAAUGUUGUAUUGGCAACAUGAUGCAAUUGUGUCAACAGUUGGUAUGAUUCUUACAAAUCCCACUGCAUUAGUUAUGGAAUGGUUACCUCUUGGGACUCUAGAUAGAUACCUUGAAAAUCGAACAGAUGUGCAAGAAGUUGAUUUAAUCGAGGCUGCAUAUCAUCUUGCUCGGGCACUGUGGUAUUUGGAUGAACAGCGAAUGGUUCAUGGAAACAUCCGCUGCCAUAAUAUUUUAGUUUCUUCUCAUGGUGAAAGCUGCUUUAAAGUAAAACUAGCUGAUCCUGGCAUCAUCACAUAUACUGAUGCAGACAUUCAUUGGAUUCCACCAGAAUGUUAUGAUGAUUAUUCUAGAGCUAGUAAAUCUAUUCUUGCUGAUGUUUAUGCAUAUGGGACUACUGUUUGGCAAAUAAUUUCUCGUGGUGGGAAGCCGAUGCCACUGUUAACACCAAAACAGGCAAAAGAACAUUAUCUAAAGAAUCUUGGUCUUGGUAUUCCAUCCACUUGCCAAGAAGAAAUGGGAAAAUUGAUUGAAGAAUGUUGGUUUCGAGAUCCAGAUAAUCGAAAACAACCUCAAAGCAUUGUGCGGGAUGUGAAUUCAAUUCUUUAUCAAAUUUAUGACUCUAGACGAACUCAUUCAUAUGCAGUAGUAGAUGAAAGGGCAAUAACUAAGGUUGAAAGCCCUGAGAAACCACCUCUUCCAACAAGAAGGCCACCAGUGAAAGAUUCUUCUAGAAACAUACUAAAGAAAAUUAAAUGGCCUGUAACUGCACCAUUUAGAGGUUUCAAUUAUAAUGUUUUAUCUCAAUCAAGAUCAACUCUUAAUGCUUCUAGUGCUAAUUCAACAACAUCAUUUCUCACUGAAGAUAGAGAGAAUGAUGAAAAUUUUGAUGAACCUUCACAGAGUAAUUCACUCAUUAGUAUUUGUGAUGUAUUUCCAUCAGAAAUUCUCUUGGAUAAUCAUAUAAGGGAUCCGUCGUCUAUUAUUUCAUAUCAUAACUUAACUAUUAAAGGAAAGCUUGGUGAAGGCUUCUAUGGUGAAGUUUUGAAAGCUGAUUUUUUUAAUCCUGUGUUAUUGAAACCUGAAACAGUAGCUGUGAAACGUAUCAAAGCAAAAGAUUCUGUUCCGCAUAUACGUGUAAAUGAAUUGCAUGCUGAAAUGAAAAUUAUGAAAUCUCUAUGUCAUAAAAACAUAGUGAGAAUUAUUGGCCUUGUUGAAGAUCCUGAAACUAUGUUAGUGAUGGAGUAUGUGGAUAAUGGCAGCUUGUUAUGCCAUUUGCAGUCAUACAAAAAUAAGCAAGAAGAAUUAGAACAUAAAGAACUCAUAAGAUUUGCUUUGGGUGUGGCUGAGGGAAUGGAAUAUUUAGAAACUCAAAAUAUUGUUCAUAGAGAUCUUGCAGCCAGAAAUAUAUUAGUAGGAUCUAAAGAUGCUAUUAAAAUAUCAGAUUUUGGUCUUGCACAAGAGAUAAAGGACCAUUAUUACCGUAUGACAACAGACCGAAAUAUACCAAUUCGAUGGUAUGCUUUAGAGGCAAUUGUUGCAUCAAAAUUUUCACACAAAUCUGAUGUUUGGAGUUAUGGUGUUACAUUAUGGGAAAUUUUUUCAUAUGGUGAUAAUCCACAGAUUAAAAAUGUUCCUGAUACAGCUCUUCAUGAAGCUUUACAAAAAGGGCAACGUCUUGGAUUACCAUAUAACUGUCCUUCUUUGGUAUAUGAACUCAUGAGAAGAUGCUGGGAACUAAAUUCACAUGAUCGUCCAUCAUUUUCUGAAAUUAUUGUGACCUUAAAUAAUAUAAGAUCUGAAUUAUGCCCUUGAGCAAAUUUUUUUAAGCAUUGAAAAAAGCUGUUGAGCAUCAUAUUAGACAGUUUUUAUUUUGGAGAUACGGUGAUUAUCAACUGAUCAUUCGCUCUUUAGGACAGUUUCUCCAUCUUUUGAGAAGAUCCGAUUCUUGAAAAUUUUUAAAGAUUUGUAGGUUUCAUAUUUAGAGACAAAACUGUCCUUGAUACUUAAUUUAUGUUGUAAGUAUCUAUUUUGAAAUUUUUGUUGAAAGUUAUAUAAUUUUGUGCAUGUUACAGGGGUGUUUGUGCUCCGGGGAAACCCCGGAAUUCCGGGGAUUUUGAACUUCGAUACCCGGAAAUUCCGGGGAUCGUCUUUCAAAAGGAAGUAGGAAUAAUAAUGAAUUAUUUAUUUUGAUCUGGGUAAUUUUGUUUGCUUUGAAAGCAGAAAAACGCAAGGUCAGUGUGUGUGGUGAAAACUUUUCCUUUCUUUCUCCAAAGGCAGUGAUAAUGCGUGAAAAGGGGGAAAAAACUUCUUUUUUGUUCUUUCCUUAUUGCGCGUUAUGACUCAUUCCCCCGGUUCUCGGACAUUCUCUUCUGGAUUCUUUUCGGCAAGUAGGCGCGCCAGAAAAAAAAGGGAGAGACUUCGUUCGACUAGAUGUGCGAUAACGUGACUCUGGGUUCAAAGGUCUUAUCUCUCCUGGCAUGGCGCCAAUAAAUAGAGAAGGGGGAUUUUUCGCCGUAUUUGCUAUUUGUCAUUGAUCGCUUCGCAACUUUUUUUUCUCCGCUGUGUAAAAUUUUCGUUUCAUUUAUUGAUGCACGUGUAAAUUUUUCGUUUCGCUUAUUGAAAUAUUUUUUUAUUUAUGUACGCAAGAGAAUUUCACUUUGAAAUUUCAGCAUAUGAAACAGAAAUUACCCCUUAAAAAUUCAUAUCUAAUUAGUUUUACAGCAUUAGAUCCAGAGCUAAGAGGUAAAACCAGUACAAUAUUAGCUUUUGAAAAAUUAUCAUCUUUUAUGUCCCAUAUUUUUAGUGAUAAUGAAAAGUCAAAAGUAGAAGCUGAAAUAAGGUUACACCAGAGUGAUAUUGAUAUCACCAAAGAAAUGCUCUACACAUCUGAUGAAAGUGGAAAUCAAGUCAAGUGUACAAUUGAUAAAUAUUGGUCUUAAGUUUUUAAUUUAAAAGAUGAUUUCACAAAUGAUUAUAAGUAUCCUACAUUGGCUAAAUUGGUCAAAGCCUGCCUUAGCUGCUUCCAUGGCCCAUUAGUGGAAAGUGCAUUCAACUUAAUGGACACACUUGUCACUGACUAUAGAACCUCUCUUAAGAUUGAUUCCCUAGAUGCAGUGCAGACUAUUAAAUAUGAUUUAAUGGCUUCUAAAGAAACCUCAUGUGAAAAAUAUGGCUCAAAAAAUCCAAUGACUGAUCCAAUUCGCAAAGAUCUCUUACUGAAUAUGAACAGAAGUUAGAAAACAUAUCAAGAGGACUUAAAAACAUGUAUUUCAGAUGAGUCACCUAUAAAAGUCUCCGAAAAACCUUCUACAUUAGCAGAAAAGCAAACUGCUUCUACCUCUGCAUGUGCAGUUCUCGAGGAAAUUUCUUCAACUGUAAAUGAGGAAAAUAAAAGUCAACCUUCCUGCAAUUAUGAAGUUCACCACAAAAGAAAGACAAGCCCACAAACAUCAGAAAAUAAAAAAAAAGCAGCAGAAAUUAGAUAAUUUUUUUAAAAAGAAUUAAUUCAUGUAAUUUAAAAUAUUUGCAUAAAAUGUAGUAGUUUAUAUGUUUGAAAGUUUGUGGUUAUUAAUUUUUCAAAAAAAGUAAUUCAUUGAACUUUUAUAAUUAGGUAUUUCAAUACUUCAUAAUUGUAAUUUUUCAUUUCUCCCCUCCCCCCUUCUCGAACUCCAAAAUGCCGGUAGUAAGUCCGUAAAAGUUUCAGGGGAUUUUUUGGGGUCCCACAAACACCCCUGAUGUUAGCAAAAAUCAGUGAAACUCAUGUAUAACUGAUAUGUUAUUUAAAUAAGGAUCAUCAGUAUUUCUAAUCUUUGUAACAAGGAAAUCUGUGAUAUAAUCAUUAAUCAUUGUUUGAAGGUCUGCAUCAUUCAUUUUAAUUUAAUUGUGGUCCAAGCACUGGUAAUCCUUAGUGAUUUUUUAUGUGUAUAAAAUUACUUGUUUCAAUUAUGUUGCAGAUAUUUUUUAUUAAUGAGUAAAAUACCUGGGGGUUUUUUUUGUUUGUUUGUUUGUUUAUUCAUCUUUAAACAAUAAUUCUAAUGCUGGAAUUAUUGAUGUCUUCUCUCUCCUCCUUCUCCUCCUAUUUAUUCUAUCAUAGUUUUUGUUAAGUCUAUAUAAGAAUAAUAAUUCUUUAAAAAUUCUACUACAGAAUAUUUUUACUUUAUUCCACCUGAUAGAAAAUUUUUUACUUGCACCCACUCUGAGCUUUGAAAUCAUCCACAAGGCUAUUUUAAAUUAAAUUUUGUUCAAUAAGUCUUGAAUUCUUUUAUAAAAUAGGAUUAUAAUAAUUCUUUAAUAGAAUAAAAUAUUUAAGACUUGUGAAUGUUCAUCUUGUAUUUUUAAAAAAUAAUAAUAUGUUUUAAGUAAUCAAUGAAAUAUUCCAGGCAUAAAAAAUAUUUUGGAAGGGAUGGACCACUUAUGUUCCUGCAGAAUAAAAGCUAUUUAAAAAAUCAAAUGAUUUCUAGUGCAUUUAAAGAGAAGUGCUUUUUUGAGAUUCUAUGAAAUGGAUACUGUAUUGAUAAGAAUUAUUACAUAACUAACUUUUUAAGAAAGUAUUUUAACGGCCAUAUAUUUUAUUCUAAUAGUCAUUGUUUUAAUCAGUUGAUAGUUUUUAUGAGAUUAUAAUAACUUGAUAUGACUGUGCCAAUAUAUCUUCAAAUAUAUUAAAUAGAUUACAAUUGCAUUUUUAAAAUAUCAAAAUAUGUAUAUUAGUCAAUCUGAUGUUAUGCAUCUUUAUAGCAUAGUAAAUGCUAAUCAAUUAGUGUUUGAUUACCACAAAUUAAUUUGUAUGAAUGGGAUUUCUAAACAUCUUAUAGAUAAUAAAAUAAUAAAUCUUUUCACUUUCUUGUGUACUAAAUAUGCAAAAAGAAAGUAAUAUAAUUAGCCAUCAAAAAAUUUGAACUUCAGAUUUUAAUGAAUCUCCACACUUCGAACUUCCCCAAAUCUAAAAUAAUAAUAAUAAUAAAAGAGCUAUGUCAAUCAUUUUUUGGAUGCAAUUAUUCAAUAUUUUGAACUAGAUGGAUAAAAUUUGGUAUGUAAUCUUUACUCUAAAUAUACAGAUUUUUAUUAAAUUUUUUAAGAAAUUCAUUCACGGGAUGUUUGUCUAUCAGUCUAACUGUAAAUGUUAUGCAUUAAUAAUUAAAUUUCAUACACAGUUUUAAUUCUUAAAGUACAUAUCUGUAUAAAACUUUGAACUAAAUUAGUCAGCAAAUUAACUAUUUGAUAGUUUGUAAAUCUUGCAUGCAUAUAAAUGCAAUAAUUUAAAAAUGUGAUAACCUAACUAAAUGAAAUUCAGUAUAUGAUUUUGAUACUAAUAUUCUUCUAUAUCAAAUUUUGGUUCGAAUUUGUUGUCAGAAAGGUAUCCAAAAAGCAAAUUUGGUUUUUAUAUUACAAAGCAUAAAAAUUCAUUUAUCAUGCUCUAAAAAUUAAAUUUGACUAUUUUUUACUUUUAUAGCUUUUACUAGGUUCAGUUUUUAUAUGGGCUGAAAGAGGGUGAUAACACCUGUAUUAGAAAGUAAGCAAGACGUUUUAGGAGAGAUGACUCCCACUGGUUUUAAAUCUCAUAUAACUAUAUCUCCUUUAUUCCCUGCAAUAACGUAUGGCAGAAGCAAUAUAAGAUGCAUAAGUGUAAUAAAUAAAAACUAUUAAACUUUUUUAUGUACUAUUACACAAACUUCACCUGAAAUGUUGUGACUGAUAAAUGCUCCUUAUAAUCAAGGAUUAAAUUAUUAAUCCAUUAUAGAAUUAUAGUUUCUCAUGAUAUUAUUUUAAAGAUUUCUGUUUGUGUUUUAAAUCUUAUGGAGUCGGUUUUUGGAUCAUUGAAGAAGGAAUUAAACUGAAAAAAUUGAAUAUGAAAUAAGAAUGCACAAAAUAUAGCAGUAAAUAGGAAAUAUGUAUAUUGCCUGCCUAUUUGCUCUUAAAAUCAUCAAAAUUUACUUGCUACAUUUCACAAAUUAUUUGAUAUAACAUUUUUUUUUUAUUUAUUCUUUUGAAUUUAUAAGUAGCUCAACAAAAGUUUUUAUAGCCCAGUUUUGGUACUCCCCCAAACUCCCAUUCAGUUCCUUUGCAUUCCAGCCUGAAUUCAUUCUUUUGAUUGUUUUAUUUCACUUUUCCACGUUGGCUGGUUUGUGAUUUUGGGUAUGCUUUCAGAUUUCCUUGGCAGAGUCACCUCUGAUUCAAUGUUUUUUGGUUUUUUUUUUUUAGUUAGAAGUCGCUCAUUGAAAAAAGGAUACAUCAAUAAUUUGCUUUAAUAUGAUUCAGAUAGCUGCAGUUGAAAAUGUUGGGCUUUGAUAGUUUUUUUUUAAAUUGUAUUUAAUUUAUAUUAUUUGAAAAAAAUUGUAGCACCACUUGUAAUUUUAUUACUAGAUUAUGAUUUAAUUUAUUUAUCAACUCUUUCACCAAGAAAAAUUAUUCUUCACUGAUAACUUGAGAGCUGUUUCAAGGAAAGUAAGAAUAUUAUCACUGAUAGCAACUUAUUCUUGUAUAUUGCUCUAAUUAAACUUUCAUAAUGUAUUGAUGUGACAGCUUAAUACAGCAGUUAUGUAUUUAAUACAAACACUAAUGAUUUCACAUUUUUAAUUGAUUGAAAAAUGAAAAUUAUCUUUAUAUAUAUAAUAUGAGGAUCUAUGUAUCUUUUCUUUUUUUUAAAUCUUAGUUGUGAAACUUUUCCUUUUGCCAUUUGAAAAUUUAUCCUUUUUAUAUAAUUUCAAAUUCAUUUAAAUCUUGAUAGUUUUAUAAAUUUGUUUUAAUUUUAAAAUUGAAUUAAUUUUGUUAUUUAUUGUAAUUCUAUAAUAUAUCAAAAUAUUUAUUUUAGUUUCUCAUUGAUUAAGAAUGUGUUUUGUGUUUUAUAUUUUAAACCAAAUGAGAUCUCUUUGCUUAGAAAUAAUUUUGAAUCUUUUCUUAAAAGAAAUAAUGCCAUUUUUGACUCAGAUUAGAAUUAUAAUCGUGAUUAACUACCUGCAAAUAUAUUGAGACUAAGUAUCCAGUUUAUGCUUGGAUUCGGGAUGCAAAAUGGACAAAAUAUUAGAAUACAUGUAUAAUUUGAUAAAAAAAAUAAAUAAGAAAUAAAAGCAGUUUGCUUUUUAAAAAUCAAUCAGUGGUGCAAGAACCUUUUUAAAAUUCUGAGCCUUGAAAUGUGACUUCACACUCUCUUUGGACCAAUUCUGUAUAUAUAGAUUAAACUGCAUGGUAGUAAAAACUUUACUUCUUAUAAUAUUUAAAUUUGAACACAGGUGUUAAAAAAAAGCAAGUAAAGUAAAGCUUACUAAAUUUGACUAUAUUUUUGAAAUUCAAGAACUUAAUUAAUUUAUAAAUGAAGCACCAAUGCUAAAACUAUUUUAUUAUCUUAUUUCAUAUUCAAUAAUAAAGGUAAAAUAUAUUUGUCAUUUUUUUAUAGUACCUAAUGUAACUUUAAAGCUAUGACUUAUAUUUUGAAUUAAAAGUUGAGGCUCAGAGAAGGAAACGUGCUUUGCAAAAAAUAGAUAGAUUUCUUUCAGGUAAUCUAUUUUAACAAUUUUUACAGGAUAAUUCUCUUUAUAAUUAAGAAAUUUGCACUCUCUGCUAGGAACGUUUAUUAUUCUGAACAAUGAACAUUUUAAGGCCAAGACAUUGCAUUAAUUUUUGUUUUAGUUUUAUAGUGUUUCUGAGAAAAUAAAAACUUGAAAAUUUUUUACUAUGAAUAUUCUUAAUAAUAUAUAAAAUCCAAGCAUUCUAAAAAAAUGCUUCGACAAAGAAUAUAAUAUUUUUUUAUUCGAAUAUUUUCUCAAAGUAUUGUGCAGAAUAUGCAGAUACUUUCUUUGCCGUCAAAAAGUUUAGGGGGGGGGGGAAAAGAAUGUUUGAUGAUAAAAGAAUUCCAAGUAAAAGAUUUUUUUUUUGGUGGGGGGAUGAGCUACUUUCUGGAUCUUUUAUUGUUAAAAGUUUAUUCGGUUUCCAUUUUAAAUAACUUUAAGUGAUCUUUUUAUAGAAAUGUUUGAUGUUACAGUUGAACUUCAUGAACUUUGCCUUAACCUUUGGAUGUAAAAAAUUUAUUUUAGAAAUAGUGUAAUAAAAUAAACAUCUAAAACUUUACACUGGGCCAUAGAUUGAGUUUCAUGUAUUGCUAGUAUUAUAUAAUGAAUGUUUCAAAUGCUGUAAUGAUGUCUUAUGCUUUUUUUAAAAAUUCACUUGAUGACCUAGAGUGAUGUCCUUGUUUAUAGUAAACUUUGGCAUGGACUCAGAAAUUAUAAAUAUAUAAUAUGCAAAAGCAUAUAUGUUUGCAUGCUGUAUUUGUGAAUCACAUUUCCUCUAACCAUCUUUUCCUUUGAGUGUAAAUUCUAUUUUAGCAGAUGAAGAUAUAGGUUCAUAUAGAACUUCUAUCUAUUUAGUGUUUGCAUUCUUUUCAAAGUCAUUUUUUGUUUGUUUGUUUUGUUUGUUCAAAGUGAUAAGACAAGUAAGUGAGAUCGAAAUAUUUUCCUCUAUUCUAUGUAUUAAUUGUUGCAUGCAUUUUUAUUGCAUGUUUAUGUGAUAUGAAUAUAUUUGUAACCAUGUGUAUUUUAUUGUAAAAAAUGAAAUUGUAUUGCAAGCAUGUAUCUGUAUACAUGCUUGUCUAGUCAAAACGCAAAUAUAUUGAUAAUAAGAAUUUAAUUAGAGGGAAAAAGAUAUUUCUUACUUUUAAGCAUUUGCUUUGAAGUAUUUGUUACAUACACCAUCAUGUAAAAUAUUUCAUGUCAUCAUUUGUUAAUAUAAUGAAUGAAAAAUAAAAGGCAUUGUACUUUAAAUGAUAUUUUAGAUAAUUUCCUUGUGUGUGUGUAAUUUUGUUUCUUACAUUUUUUUUAGUAAU